UCAAGAAGUUUGUCCCCAGCGCCGAGCCGUCUCCCCGCCCGCGCCGCUGCCAUGGCGGCAGCUCCGCUGCUCUCCAAGGCCGAGUAUCUGAAGCGUUAUUUGUCUGGGGCAGAUGCCGGCGUCGACGGGGGCCCUGAGUCCGGCCGCAAGCGUCGCAAAAAGCGGCCGAAGCCUGGCGGGGCCGGCGGCAAGGGAAUGCGGAUUGUGGAUGAUGAUGUGAGCUGGACUUCAAUCUCCACCACUAAACUGGAAAAGGUGGAAGAGGAAGAUGAUGGGGAUUUGCCUGUGGUGGCUGAGUUUGUGGAUGAGAGGCCAGAAGAGGUAAAGCAGAUGGAAGUCUUUCGUUCGAGUGCCAAAUGGAAGCUUCUGGGAGGCCACAAUGAAGAUUUACCUUCACACAGACAUUUCCAUCAUGAUAGCCCAGAUCCGUCUCCUCCAAGGAGGGUCCGUCAUGACACCCCGGAUCCAUCUCCUCCAAGGAGGGUCCGUCAUGACACCCCAGAUUCGUCUCCUCCAAGGAGGGUCCGUCACGACACCCCAGAUUCUUCUCCAAGGAGAGUCCAUCACGACUCCCCAGCUCCUUCUCCUCCUAGAAGGGUUCGUCAUGAUUCCCCAGAUCUGUCUCCCCCCAGGAGGCCCCAUCAUGACUCAGACCCAUCUCCCCUGAGGAGGGCCCAUCAUGAUUCACUGGAUCCUUCUCCCCUCAGGAAGCCUCAUCGUCAUUCUUCAGGUGUAUCUCCUAGGAGGGCCCGUCAUGACACACCAGAUCCAUCUCCUCCUAGGAGAGCCCACCACAGUUCCUCAGAUAGCUCUCCCCUGAGAAGGGCCCGUAACAGCUCCCCUGACACAGUUCAACCUAGAAGGACUCUCGACUCUGUGGACACAUCACAGCUCAGGAGGGCCCGUCAUGAUUCCCCUGAUUUGGCUUCUAAUGUUCCUCCUUCACUGCCCAGAACCCAAAGCAGCAAAGCCCCAGAAAGAGCCUCUAGCAAAACUUCUCCACAUUGGAAAGGGCCAGGACCCUCUCAUCCCUCACUCCCAAAGAACAGCAGAUAUGACUAUGACUCGGACCUCUCUCCUCCACGAAGAAAGCAAGCAAGGUCCCAGUCUGGAAGUAAGCAGCAUGAUUCUAAAGGCUCUUCCCCCAGCCAUAGGAAAUUUCAUACAAGUUCUUCACCCAGAAGAUCUCAGAGUGACAAAUUGGACUCUUCUUCCUACCCAGGUGACAGUCGGAAAGCCUCUGAUUCAGAUCUUUCUCCUCCACGGCAGAAACAAAGUUCAGGGCACCGGGAUUCUGAUUCAGAUCUGUCACCUCCACGGAACAGACCUAGACACCGGAGCUCUGAUUCUGACCUCUCUCCACCGAGGAGGAAACAGAGGGCCAAAUCUUCUGAUUCCGAUCUGUCUCCACUUCGAAGGAGUCAGCCUCUGGGAAAGAAGGCUGCGCACAUGUACUCUGGGGCUAGAACUGGGUUGGUGUUAACUGACAUACAGCGAGAGCAGCAGGAGCUUGAGAGACGGGACCAAGAAACCGUGGCAUUUGAAGCUGAAUUCCAAUAUGCUGAAACUGUAUUUCGAGAUAAGUCUGGUCGGAAAAGGAAUUUGAAACUGGAACGUUUAGAGCAGAGGAGAAAAGCAGAGAAGGAUUCGGAGCGAGAUGAGCUGUAUGCUCAGUGGGGAAAAGGGCUUGCCCAGAGCCGGCAGCAGCAACAAAAUGUGGAGGAUGCAAUGAAGGAAAUGCAGAAGCCUUUGGCCCGCUACAUCGAUGAUGAAGAUCUGGAUCGGAUGCUGAGAGAGCAAGAAAGAGAGGGGGACCCCAUGGCCAACCUUAUCAAGAAGAGUAAGGCCAAGGAGAACAAGAAUAAGAAAGUGAGACCUCGCUACAGUGGCCCAGCACCUCCUCCCAACAGAUUCAAUAUCUGGCCUGGAUAUCGCUGGGAUGGAGUGGACAGAUCCAAUGGAUUUGAACAGAAGCGCUUUGCCAGGCUUGCCAGCAAGAAGGCGGUGGAGGAACUUGCCUACAAGUGGAGUGUUGAGGAUAUGUAACUUUUCUGAGGCUGUCGGGUGGCUGUGGGUUGUUUUAGUGGAUGCAGAGCAGCCAGACAUCCAGCUGUAAUAGUCCUCUGUGCUAAUAAUCAGGGCCCGCACAGACCAGCGACUUGCUGAAUGCCAGGUGUGACCACAGAAGGAUAUUUGAGAUGUGAUGUUUGGACUGAGGCACCUGUACUUCUCAGGUGUGCUGACACUGCCUGUUGCUGGCUUUCAGAGGAAGCGUUUAUUUCUCAGUGUCCCAGGGUUUGUUCUUGGUUAGGGUAUUUCUUUUUUAAUAAACAUACAUUUAUUUUUUUAAAAUAAUUUUCUUAAUUGGAUAUUCUAUUUUUGAGAAGAAUACAAGCUAAUAUUGAACCCCCAGGGAUCUUGGAGGGUGAUGGUUGGAUUUGUCAUUAAUCUAGGAAGCAGUAUGAGUAAAAACUUUACCAGUGAUAGAUCCUUCCUCUUAGAAGAUAAGAAUUAUUGCUAAACUAGACUUAGGAAUAGAUGGCUAUUUGGAGACUUUACUUGAUAAAGGUAGUAUCACAAGUUAGGAAGAGAUGGAUAAUGGUGCUUAGAAAAUUAGAGUAUUAUAUGGACAGAAACAAAGUUGAAUCCCUACCCUAGACCAUAUUAAAGCAAAGACAAACCCCAAAGUGAUUAAAGACAUAAAUGAAAGGUAAUAUGCUAAAGCUAGUAGGAACAAAUGGAGAAUGUCUUUGUGACCUUGGAGUGAGGAUAGAUUUGUUAAAUAAGAUCUCCAAAGCACAAUCCAUAAGAUUUAAUAGCUUUGUCUACUUCAUAAUUAAAAGAUUUCUAGUCAGCAAACACCCUAUAGUCAAAGCUAAAGAUGGGGAUAGAUUAGGAGAAAAUAUUUGCAAUGUCUAGAACUGACAAAGGAUUACACUUACAACAGAUCAAAUAUAGAAGGAACUACCGUAAAUUGGAAAGAAAAACAAAA